GCGGUCGCAGUCAGUUUGCUGAAGAUAUGUGGUCUCGAGUUGCCGCCAUCGGAGCUCGCCGCUUCGGAUCGCAUGCGCACAAGCACGUGCCGGAGCAAUUCGUGCGCGACCAAAUCGUGUCCGUGACUCUCCUCGACUGGGAAGGCAGUCGCCACAUUGUGCAAGGGCGUGUGGGUCAGUCCCUCUUUGAAGCGUCGCGACUCGCAGGUCUCGACAUUAUCCAAGACGAUUCCCUUGGCGGCGGCGGUGCCUCGUACAGCGCUGUCCGUACCCCUGAGUUUACGGAGAACUUGUUUGGGGAAGGGCCUUCCUCUUUCUUGUCCCACGUCGUUGUGUCGAACGAAUGGGUGGACAAGUUGCCCCAGCCCACGGAACGCGAAGUGCGUAUUUUGCAAGACGUGCCGGAGGAAGACUGGACCGAAAACUCGCGCUUGGCGACGGAAAUCAUCCUGUCCAAGGAUUUGGAAGGCUUGGUUGUCGCUGUGCCCGAAGCGCAGCCUAUUGAAACGUUCACGUACACGAACGACUACGAAGACGAAGGGCCGCCGGUGUACUCGAUGUUCCCUCCGUCACUUCGAGGCGAUUAGAAUGAAAAGACAGAGAGAAACGAUGCCCGAUUAACGAGUCGAGUAUAUGUAUACCAAGGUGGACUCGGUGAACAGCGCCUCGUCGACAUGUGACUUGCACAGG